CUGCUGCGUUUUCUACAAGAAUUCUCACAGCAAACCAUUUCCAGGACUCACGAAAUCAAAAAGCAAGUAGAUGGAUUGAUUAGUGAAACGAAAGCCACAGACUGUCGCCUUCAUAAUGUCUUCAAUGACUUUCUGAUGUUGUCCAAUACGCAGUUCAUAGAGAACAGAGUAUAUGAUGAAGAAGUGGAAGAGCCUAUUCGCAAAGCUGACACUGGAGACAAAACAGAGCAGGAAAAGACAAGGGAACAGAAAGAAGCUGACCUGAUUCCCAAGAUCCAAGAAGCAGUGAACUAUGGAUUGCAAGUUCUGGACAGUGCAUUUGAACAGCUGGACAUUAAAGCAGGCAACUCUGACUCAGAAGAGGAGGAAAGUAAUGAAAGGGUGGAACUGAUACUUGAGCCAAAGGAUCUCUAUAUUGACAGGCCUUUGCCAUACUUGAUUGGCUCUCUGCAGUUUAUGGAACAAGAUGAUGUUGGCCUUGGAGAUCUCUCUAGUGAAGAAGGAUCAGUAGAUAGUGAUCGUGGAAGUGUAAUUGACAGUGAAGAGAAGGAUGAAGAGGAAUCAGAUGAUGAAUUUGGAAACCCUAGUGAAGAGGACCAAAAAAUGAGGACAACACAGAUGAGUGAUGAAGAUGAUUAUGAUGGCUGUGAUCUCUUUGACUCUGAAAAAGAGGAAGAUGAGGAUAGAGAUUUAGAUGAAAGCACAAAGCCUAAAAACAAGAGGCCAACAUCAUUUGCAGAUGAGCUGGCAGCUCGAAUCAAAGGAGAAGUGCCCGUCAAACAGGAUGAAGAGUGUUCGUCCUUGUCAUCAGAAACCAAACCAAGGAAAACCCUGAAAGAGAAGAAGGAAGUUAGAGUUCCAUCAGAUGAUGAAGGUGAUGACAUCUUCAAGCCUCCUAAGCUGACUGAUGAAGACUUCACACCGUUUGGUUCUAGGGGUGGCCUCUUCAGUGGUGGAACAGGUCUCUUUGAUGAUGAAGAGAGUGAUCUCUUUGCUGAAGCACCAAAAGAAGAAUCCAAAGAGAGAGAGGAGCAAGUCCCAGUAAGUGAAGCAUCCUCUGCAAAGUCCUUAAAGAAAGUUCCUGCAGGUGCAGUAUCUCUGUUCCCAGAAGGAAGUGACGUGUUUAGUUCCACCAUAGUUGUGGAAAAAGACAAGAAAUCUGCAGGACAGAGCACAAAGAAAACUUCUAAACAGCCUGGAAAAAUUGUUCUGUUUGACGACGACGAUGAUGAUGAUGACUUCUUUGUGGGAGCAAUUAAAAAGCCUCCAGAUUCAGUCAAGCCCACAACUGACCUUUUUGAUGAUGAUGAAGGAGGUGACCUAUUUAAGGAAAGACCUGCCAUUCCUCAUGUGGCUGCUGGCACAACUAAAGAAACAGAAAGCCGCAAGGAAACAAUCAUGGAAAAAAAGAGUCAACACGCAUCUGGAAGUGAGGACUUCAAGUCUUUUUCUGAAACACCUCCAAGAAGACAGAGGGGCCUCUUCUCUGAUGAGGAGGAUUCUGAAGACUUGUUUUCAUCAAGUAAAACUACGAAGUCCAAAGCUACAUCUCUCCUCACUAGCAAGUCCAUGACAAAAGCAUCACUCUCCUUGUUUGAUGAUGAUGGAGAGGAUAUCUUUGAUGUGGUACCUGCCAAUAAGCAACAGGACAAAACCCCAGAAGAGAAAGCAAAACAGUCAAAGCCACUCAAGAAAGCCUCCAGCUUAUUGUUCAGCAGUGAUGAGGAGGAACACUGGAAUGUCUCCAAGCCAGCUAAACUUCCUUCUGAAGAUGACCGAAAAGAGGGCCCCACAAAACCUCCUAGCACUGUCAGUCAGCCUAAAGCCAUGAAGAAAACGAGCCUCUUUGAGGAAGAGGAUGAGGAGGAUUUGUUUGCAAUCACUAAAGAGAGCCAAAGAAAGCCACAGAAGAUGUCACUGUUGUUUGAAGAUGAUGCUAUUAAUGAAGAAUUGCUCUUCAGCUCCCAAUCAACACUACUUCCUCCAGCUGCUAAGACUGCAGUGGGGGAAGUAAAACCACCACAAGCACCACCUUUAUUUACUGAAGGAGAAAAGGAGGAAAAGGAUGAUCUGACAGAUGAAGCAGCAAAGUCUAACCAGGUAGAAGACACAUUGUGGUGUCCAGAAGAGCCUGGAGCAGUUCCUGUGCCUAGAGGAACAGAUGUUGCAGGGCAGGAAACAGAGGAAAAACCUUUUGCAGCAACAUCCUCUGAGCCAGCCAGUGGUUCAGAUCUGUUUGCAACAUCACCACCAGCUCUGGAGAAAGAUGUCAAGACCCAGCCUAAGAAAGUGUUAAGCUUGUUUGAGGAGGAGGAAGAGGAGAUACUGGAAAAUGAUGAUGGCAUUAAAAAUGCACAGAAAGAAAUUGGUGUGGCUUCUGAGAAAAAUACUUGGCCCAAAAGCACUGGAGUCUUUCAAGAUGAAGAGCUCCUCUUCAGUCACAAACUUCAGAAGGACAAUGAUCCAGAUGUUGACCUUUUUGCCAGCCCCAAGAAGUCAAUGUCUGCAAACUGUAUCCUGAAGCCAUCAUCUGGAGGAGGGCUUUUUGGGGAUGAUGAUGAGGAUGAUCUCUUCAGUACCUCAAAACCAAACCUUCCGAAAAUAGCUGAGAAGAAAACAUCUAAGGCCAGUACAAGUCCACCUUUGGAGAGCAGUAACCUGGAAGAUGCUUUAAGUGCCAAACAAAAUGAAGUUCUGAAAGCAGCAACUAAAGAGAAAUCUCCAGGUCCUGUUCCCAUUAAAACCAAAGAGCCCUCGUCUCGGAUUGGAAAGCUACAAGCUAACUUAGCUAUUAACCCUGCAGCCUUACUACCUGGUGCAAUGCCUAAAGUCUCCAAUGUAAAGUCUCCUUUACCAGUUCUGGACACUCCAUUGCAUGAGCCCAAGGAUGUACAGAACAAUGAAGCCUUCUCUGCUGCAGGAAACAAUGAAGAGCUAGGUGUAAGCUUUGAUCAGCCUAUGCAAGCGGAUACCUUGCACAGUGCCAAUAAGACCAGGAUCAAAGUUACAGGAAAACGAAGACCUCCAAGCAGAACAGCCCGCCGUCUAGCUGCCCAAGAGUCUGAAGAGAGUAAGGAAGUGGACAGUGCUAAGGAAUUGCAGUUCUCUGUACCAAAGCAGAUGUCAGCAGCCGUAAACUUAAAGGAACCUCUAGCUACUGAAGCAGAGUCCAAAGAAAACUUUCUCUCUGGUUUGUCACUACCAGCUCAUGACAGUGUUGUGUCUGCUGAGACAAACAAACUUCUUCCUCCAGAAUCCACAGACCAAGGGGAUGAUCUGUUUGAAUCAGAAGACCUUUUUGCAAGCAGCUCAGCAUUCAGAUCAGCUGCACAAUCUAAAUUAAAGGAUGGAAUGGCAGACUGUGUGGCUAACAAACCCAUCAAGGGCAGGGAGAAAAAGCCUGAUUUGUCUGUUCUAGGUGAUCAGGACAAUAAUGAUCUCUUCCAGCCUGUACAGCAAAAAUCUUCAACAAAGAGCAGCCCUAUACCUUUUUUGGAGGAAGAGGAAGACUCUCUCUUCACCUAUCAGAAAACUGGAAAAAAGGAGUUGAAAUCUGCUGUCCGGCAAGCUGUCGACCCUACUGCCCAAGAUAUCUUUGAGGAUGAUAUAUUUGCUACCGAGGCAAUUAAACCAAUGAACAAAGCAAAAGAGAGAACGCCAGAGACUAAUUUGUUUGAUGAUAACAUUGAUAUUUUUGCUGAUCUCACUGUAAAACCAAAAGAAAAGAAAACCAAGAAAAAGGUGGAACAAAAAUCCAUAUUUGAUGAUGAUAUGGAUGAUAUCUUCUCUAGCAGCAAAGUCAAGAUACCCACUCCCAAAAACCAAUCUUCCCAAGCAGCUUCAGAAGCAAAACUGGAAAGCAAGGAAAGCAAGACACUAAGCACAUUUGAUGACCCACUGAAUGCCUUUGGAAGCCAGUAGCCAAGGAGAGUGUGUUGCAGAGAGGAGGCCUCUUUUGUGCCCUGUCCAGUUCUAAUGCUCUGGAUUCUCUAAUCCAGUAGAGCUGAAAUGGGAUGGCUGUGCAUAUUUAAAUGAGAUUACCCAUUUAAAAUAGUUAGUAUUCUCUUGUGCUGGGUCUAAUUGUGCUAAAUGAUAUAUUUUUAAAAAAUGACAGUAACCUUCCUCUAUCUUGUUUGUCCAGAUGAAUAUAGCCUGUGCAAUACCUGCAAUGACAUAAUCUAUUAUACAAAAUAUAGUUUUAUUGAACAGAUCUACAAAGAUAAUAAUUGAUAAAUAGUAAAUGGAGUCUGUUAAACCAGAUCUGUCUGUAUGUCUUACUUUCCUCUUUACCACUUGCUAAGGAUGUCAGCAUCAUGACACCACCUGCUAAGGACAUCAGCAUCAUGACUUGGAAAUGACUGCCAUGCCUUGUCUGGUUCAGCUGCCAA